ACUGGCACAUCUAUAUAUACUCUGGGCAAGAGGUGCACUAUGGACUCACUCAUCCCCUCAUCGACUUUCGUUGACGCUUCUAAGCUUCUCUUGACUCACAAACUGCUUGGCGAUCAUGAUAACUAGGCCUCUCUCGACCCCUUCAUUCUUUAGCUUCUUUUCUCCCUUCUUCCUAUUCCUCAUUCAGCAACAGUGUGCGCACGUCGGGGUCUAUGGAGCCAGUUUGCCGUCCCCUCGUUCCCAGUAUGGAGGUCAAGAUGGGGCUCGCUGGAAUGCAAGUACAGAUCCCAUAGUUCUGACUCGUCGAGCCUCCAAAUCAAAUUCGUUUGAGGUUGUCGGGAAUAGUGGAGUUGCUGCACAGGCGAUGUUCCUUGGAACGGAGAACAAGGUCUACAUCGUUGACCGUGUAGAAUCGAACCCGAUACAAAUAGCCAACCAUCCCGCUUGGGCGGCCGAAUAUUCGCUUUCUAACAACCAGUUUAGAGCGAUGGAUAUCAGAACGGAUACAUUUUGUGCUGGUGGCUCAAGUUUGGGGGAUGGGAGGUGGGUGCAUGUUGGUGGCACUGGCAAAGUGUCGAAGUGGGAUGAAGACGGAAGCCAGAGCGUGAGGUUGAUAUCGCCUUGUGAUGAUGCCUCGUGUCAAUGGAUAGAAGACCCGAAGAAUGCUAUGUCAACAACCCGGUGGUAUCCUUCAGUGGAACCAAUGGAUGAUGGCAGUGUGAUCAUCAUUGGGGGUGCUACAUCGGGCCCCCGGUUUAUAAGCUCCCCGAGCGUAAACAAUCCAACCUACGAAUUCUUUCCUUCCCGUGGCCUACCCGUGCAACUUCAAUUUCUCAAGGAUACUCUCCCUGCCAAUAUGUACCCCCUUACAUGGUUGUUACCAAGUGGGAGGGUAUUCGUACAAGCAAAUUGGGGGACAAUGAUAUUGGAUGUGAAGAGCGGGAAGGAGACCAGGUUAGAUAAUGUUCCGAAUGCUGUUCGAACAUACCCCGCUAGUGCUGCCACGGUUUUACUUCCACUGACGCCUGAUAAUGGCUACUCCGCUACCAUUCUGAUGUGCGGAGGACAGAAUAAUAAUGUGUGGGUGCAAUCAAAGAGCUUGGUAAAUAAAGCCGCCAGCAAUGAUUGCGUGAGGAUUUCCCCUGAUGGUGAUGCGAAGUGGAAGGGGGACGCCACCUUGCCGGAGGGGAGGGUUAUGGGGAGUUUUAUCAUCUUACCAGACGGAAAUAUCUGGCUGGGGAACGGAGCUAAAACUGGCACGUCUGGUUAUGGAUCAGGAUCAUAUUUGAUUGGGCAGUCCUAUGCUAGAGACCCGGUUCUGGCUCCAGUGGUGUACGAUCCUUCGACGAGGACGUUUAGUCGGGCAGGGCUAGGUUCGAGUACAAUUGCAAGGAUGUAUCAUUCCUCGGCGACCCUUCUUCCCGAUGGCUCCGUCUUCAUUGCAGGAUCCAAUCCCAAUGGUGGUGUCACGGACACCACUUUCGCUACAGAAUACCGUACAGAGAAAUUUUACCCUUGGUACUAUAGCAACCCACGCCCUCAGCCGAUUUCUGGAUUACCGGAUCGAUUAGGAUAUGGAGGGAAUUAUUUUGACGUGAGAGUCGCUCGCGGGGCCGGAUUGCAAGGCUUGGCACCCGUAGUGGCGGCAGGAAAGACCAAGGUUGUAAUUAUACGCACCGGGUUUUCGACACACGCGAUGAAUAUGGGUCAGAGGUAUCUUCAAUUGGACAGCACGGCAAAUGCAAAUGCCGACGGAUCUAUCACAAUACAUGUCUCUCAAGUCCCACCCAAUCCUGCGCUGUUUGCACCUGGCACAGCGUUCUUGUAUGUGGUUGUAAAUGGAGUACCAAGUAUUGGGAAACGAGUCAUAGUUGGGAACGGGAUCGGGAAACAGGUAGCAAAGGCCCCACAGAGACUACCUAGACCGUGAAAAGCGCACAAAUAUCGUCUGCUACACACAGCCAUUCAUACUAUGACAUUCGUCGGGAAGGAUUGAGGAUUAUUUCACCGUAAUUAUGUAGUGGCAUAUGUAGACUGCGAGGUAAUUACGGUAUUAGUUGCGGUGGCACUGCUACUCCCUCCACUCCAGCUGCAUAGAGCCAGUCCUAUAUCCAUUUAUUGCUAUAACAUGAAUCCGAGUAGUUUUCGAGCUGCGCCGCUUGAAUUGUGUGGGCUACCCGUACGGCUUGUUGUUAAAGAGGGACACUCGGAUAACGGGGGAACAGAACUGAUUAACAUUGUCGCCGCACGGGGGUAUAAUUAGCUAAGGUAACAACAGGAUAUCAGACAAAAGUGAUAAAGAAAUGAGAUGCACGUAGGCGCUA